CCCGGCGCGGCGGGGCCCGCCCGGAUUCCAGGCUGGCUCCCGGUGUGACGUCACGCCCGGUCCCGGCCCCUCGCGCUCGGGAAAAUGCUGCUCUCGGUGCCGCCGCGCUCGGGGCUCCCCGCCUUCGCCUACAACAAGGGCGGCAAGAAGCAGCCGUAUGUGCCCCCGGCCCAGCCCCUGGGCCCCCCCAGCCCCAGCCCUGCCGGGGGGGCCCCGGACCAGCUCAGCAAGACCAACCUCUACAUCCGGGGGCUGCACCCUGGCACCACAGACCAGGACCUGGUCAAGCUCUGCCAGCCCUAUGGGAAGAUCGUCUCCACCAAAGCCAUCCUGGAUAAAACAACCAACAAGUGCAAAGGUUAUGGGUUCGUGGACUUUGACAGCCCCACAGCCGCCCAAAAAGCCGUGACAGCCCUGAAGGCCAGCGGGGUGCAGGCACAGAUGGCCAAGGUACUGAACCCCCCCUCCCCACCCACCUGCGACCCCCGGGACCCCCCCGGCAGCCCCCUCCCCUGGGCUGACCCCUCCCCACAGCAACAGGAGCAGGACCCCACCAACCUGUACAUCUCGAACCUGCCGCUGGGCGUGGACGAGCAGGAGCUGGAGGCGCUGCUGAAGCCCUUCGGGCAGGUGGUCUCCACCCGCAUCCUGCGCGACCCCCACGGCGCCAGCAGGGGGGUGGGCUUCGCACGGAUGGAAUCCACGGAGAAGUGCGAGGCCGUCAUCACCCACUUCAACGGGAAAUUCAUCAAAACCCCCCCGGGGGUGCCAGCCCCCCCAGACCCCCUGCUCUGUAAGUUCGCUGACGGGGGGCAGAAGAAGAGGCAGAGCCAGGGCAAGUUCGUGUCCGGCGGCAGAGCCUGGGCCCGCGACGGCGACGCGGGCACGGUGACCUUGGCCUACGACCCCUCGGCGGCGCUGCAGAACGGGUUCUACCCCGCGCCCUACGGGCUGGCCCCCGGCCGGAUGCUGCCCCCCGCCGCCCUGGCCCCCUACCUGCCCUCCCCGGUGUCCUCCUACCAGGUCCACGGCCCCGCCUGGAUGCACCAGUCCUACCUCGUGCAGCCCACGGGCGCGGUGCUGGCCCCCACCAUGUCCCCAGUGUCCCCAUGUCCCCAGUGUCCCCACAUGUACCCCCAUGUCCCUGUGUCCCCCCAUGUCCCCGUGUCCCCACGCUGAUGCUCCCCUGCAGGGUGCAGUGCUGGCCCCCGCCGUGUCCCCAUGUCCCGCCAUGUCCCCAUGUCCCCAGUGUCCCCGUGUCCCUGUGUCCCCCCCAUGUCCCCAGUGUCCCCAUGUCCCCUCUCUGACGCUCCCCCGCAGGGCGCAGUGCUGGCCCCUGCCAUGUCCCCAUGUUCCCACCAUGUCCCCGUGUCUCCCCAUGUCCCCAGUGUCCCCAUGUCCCCGUGUCCUCACGCUGACACUGCCCCGCAGGACGCGGUGCUGGCCCCCGCCGUGUCCCAAGUGUCCCCAUGUCCCCAGUGUCCCCAUGUCCCCCCAUGUCGCC